GUCCGGCAGGAGGGCUCCACCGCGCGCUGAGAUGUGACCGUGUCGCCUCCGGAGGACUCGAGCUUCCCGCCCAGGCGACGCCGCCAGUGACCAGCCAGUGCAGGAAAAUGGUCCUUUGCUCUUGUCAUAGGCUGAGCCCCUCCCUAUCCAAGUUUCCAGUUCUGCCUGUAACUUACUAUGUGAAUGCAGGUUCCUCAAGUGGCCUUUCUGGGCCUCAGUUUCCCCAUUUGAACAAGUGGGUUGGGCUGGUUGGUUUCUCGGAGCUAUGUCAAUUCUAAGACUCUUGAGUCUAACCUUCACUUUACAGCCUGAACACUGACUUUGCGCCAGGCCCUGACAUAAACUGGUCAUGGGGUGUGAACAGCAGUGUCCAAACACCAGGAUUGAACUUGGUGGAGUGUGGGCAGGCCAGUGGGAGAAACACACAGGCAUGAGAGAGAGCCUGGGUUCAGGGGUCAGGAAGAACCCCUGGGUAGUUGGUGUAGGGAGAUAGGGCAGGAGAAGUAGGGUGUAGUGUUGGAUGCCAGAGUGAGAGUCUGUAGGUGUCAGUAAAGGGGGCCAUGUGACGGUGGAGGACCUGGGAAUCCCACCUAAUUGCAGUGUGAGUGCUUUGGGAAGUAUCUGUCCAAGCAGAGUUUAAAAUGGAGAUGGCAAGUGAAGAAUAGAAAUCUCCUCUUCACCCAGGAAGCUCAGGUCCCACCCUGGUACUUCUUUGGAAAGAAGUAGGGAGUGAGGAUGAAACAGAGAACCUUGUGCAUUUUUGAGGGUUUUUUUUCAAGAGGACAAGGUCCUAUUGAGAGACUGUUGCUGCUUUCUAAACAGCCCUCAUUUUUCGUAACUGUUCCUAUCCUGGCCUGCCUGUUGUGGGUAUAAGGAAGGAUCCUUGUUCCAAAAUCUUCUCCACCAAUUUGAUUUAUUGCCAGAAACACCAUCCCCUCCAUAUGUGCUAUGCCUUUAGUUACACUCAGUUGACACCUUGUCCCACCCUCCCUUCCCCAAUCCUGCCCCACCAGUUACCAGAGAUGUGAGUGGCUUCCAGGAAAGGAGAUCUGGGCUCAAUGCUCCAGGGCAGUCUGAAGUCAAGGUCAGGCUUUGUCUAUGGCUGUAUUCAAGCCUCAAUGUGGGCCUAGAGUCAAAGCUUAGACUCACCAGGGUCAGCCAGAGUCCCAGCUCAGUGCUUAACUUAUACUCAGCCUCAGUCUUGGGUCAGGGUCAGGGAGUAGCUUGUGGCUCCAUUCCAGUCUCAGCAGAUACUUGGGUCUGCAUUUUCUACUACCUUAUACACUCACAGGAGAGAUGGACAACUGCCCCGAGACCCUCAGAAACCUGGCUCUAUCCAAGUGACCCAGGAUUUGCAUGGGCCAAAUCCAUGAUACUACAAGUGUUACCCAACAUCCCAGUGGUGGAGCUGGUACUAGAACCCAGGACUCUUGCUUCUUUGCCUGAGGCUCUGAUUGCUGCCUCCCAAAAUCUAUUCUGAGUCUAUGAUCUUUCAAUUGUAGGAGGCAAAGCAAAGGAAGCUAUACAUAGGCGCAGCUAGAUAGCUCUGACUGCCCUCUUUGUCCCUCCCCCACCCAUGUCAGGCUCAGGGUAGGCAAGGUAGGAAUGUCUCUGGAGUGUCAAGUGCAGAGGGACAGCCAGUGACUUGCUCAUGUUUGGAGCUGGAAGAGGCUGGUUUGGGAGGAAGGCCCUUCAGCUGUUCAGAGGAAGCCGUGCUCUUGGCCUGCCACCCUCCCCCUCUCCAGAGCCCGCAGCCACAUUCAGAACCCAUCUAGCUGCCCACGUGAGGGCCCUUUCCUCUUUCAGAGUUAAGAAAAAGGAAAGGAUAUUUUUGGUAGAAAAGUCCCUCCUGCUCCCCGGGAAUCCCCAAUGCCCGAUGGCCGAUGGCCGGAUGGAUACGGGAUAUCCCAUAGGAAGCCGAAAGCCAGGGCCUUCCUCCUCUCUCCAGCACAAUGCAGCCCGGCUCUCCCACGCUGCACAGCUGGCUUUUGGGGCCUUCCAGAGGUCAUCUUGCCCAGGCCCCUGUCUCCUGUUGGGCCCGCGGGAGCCCCUCCCACCUUUGUAACAAUCUGCAGCUAGUCUGAUGAGCAGUUAUUUGAACCCAGGCCAGCCCCCUAGUGGUCAGUUGGUGAAAGCCUAGAGGAGGCACGUGAAGGCGCAGUAGGAGGAGCUAAAGUAGCCUGGAAAGAGGGUAGGGCGCUGGACCUAGCAGAGGAAGAAUUCGAAUUCAGUUUGAAGGUGCCGGGGUUGCUCAAAAGUUGAGAGGUGAGAAAGAAGCGAUGUAUUAGGAACUCAAAGCCCAUUUGAUAAGGCCCUGACCACCUACUCCCCUGCCCUUGUCCCUGACAGGGCAUCCUUAGGUCCUUGCCCCCAGGCACCCAGCUCCACCAGUUCUGGCCAUGGCAUUGUGCCUGAAGCAGGUGUUUGCCAAGGACAAGACAUUCCGGCCCCGGAAGCGCUUCGAGCCAGGCACACAGCGCUUUGAACUGUACAAAAAGGCACAGGCAUCACUCAAGUCGGGCCUGGACCUGCGCAGUGUGGUGAGGCUACCACCUGGCGAGAACAUCCAUGACUGGAUCGCGAUGCACGUGGUGGACUUUUUCAACCGCAUCAACCUCAUCUAUGGCACCAUGGCUGAGCGCUGCAGCGAGACCAGCUGCCCGGUCAUGGCUGGCGGGCCCCGCUACGAGUACCGCUGGCAGGAUGAGCACCAGUACCGGCGGCCCGCCAAGCUGUCCGCACCACACUACAUGGCAUUGCUCAUGGACUGGAUUGAGAGUCUCAUCAAUGAUGAGGAUGUCUUCCCCACGCGUGUUGGAGUUCCCUUCCCCAAGAACUUCCAGCAAGUCUGCACCAAGAUCCUAACCCGACUCUUCCGAGUCUUUGUCCAUGUCUACAUCCACCACUUCGAUAGCAUCCUCAGCAUGGGGGCAGAGGCACACGUCAACACCUGCUACAAGCACUUCUACUACUUCAUCCAAGAGUUCAGCCUGGUGGACCAGCGGGAGCUGGAGCCACUGAGGGAGAUGACAGAACGGAUCUGUUACUGAGUUCAGACCUGGACGUUAUUGGACCAUCUGAACACAGUGAGGCUGGCAGAGGAGACUCUUGGGAUUCUGGUGGUAGAAGAAUCUGAAGGCCCCGGGACUCCUCCACAUACCCAGUGCCCCUGGAUUUUUGGUUCUCAGAAGUCUGCCUAUGUGUCCUCCUGACUAUGAAUGGAGAAGGGAGGGCUUCAAGUGGCAAACAGAAGGAAAGGAGGACUCAAACCCCUGGCAUGAAGUCUGGGAGUGGGGUGGCUACCAAGUUCUUCUCCAUUACUUGACCCUUCCAUGGUGAUUCCUAGGCCUAUUUGGGAAGUGUGGAUGUGGUAAGGUGAUGACCAGAAGGGCACAAGAGGGUGAGUGCCUGUGUGGAAAUGAGCACAGAUGCCAGUGUGAGUGUGGUUGUGAGUGUGGUUCUGACUGUGGGGUGUGCCUCAGAACCAGACCCUUCCUGGCACGUACGUAGGCCUUCACAGAUGUUGGAUGGAUGGGUGGUUGAUGUAUAAAGAGACUGGGACUCUCUGACCGUGACCACUAUAGGAAUAAUGAUAGGCCAGUAUCCCCACUCAGGGGAACUGACCAGGCGUGUAAGUACAUAAAAUGCAGUUGUAGAUGUAGUUCUACAGAUGAUGGUCUUCCAUUAGCAUGAGUCCUGGGGGAACUGGGUGGAAGUUGGAAAGGGGAGAUUUUACCUGAGUUCCUUAAAGCCCUGGCCCACCACAGCUGUCAGUUCUGAUUUGCUCAGCCGGGGAUGCCAACGAGCUGUCAUUUCAUUCAUCCCUGUAUCUAGGAGGCCCUGGCAACAGGGAGCCUUCUGAGCACUGAGAUGCUCCUUUAUGUCCACAAAGGUCUCCUGGCUCCUAAACUGGGAAUCAUGUACUCCAGUCUAGCUCCCAGAUCUAUAAACCUGACUCAUAGGAUCUGAAGCCCAGCGUAAAAUAAUCCUCCUGCCCAAAAAGCCAGUGAGACUCGACUUGGGAAGUCUGUGGAGUCUUGUCUCCUGCCCAGGACACUAAGGAUCAUGUAGCUGUGGAAAGCCCCUAUCCUAAAAGUACUUGCCUCCUUCCUAAGCAUCUCAGAGACAUUCCAGGUGGUUGGAGCUCUGCACAGCUAUUUACAGAGAGUCUGGGAUGUUCAUUCAGCAACCCAUUGCUCAAUACCUCCAUGCCCAGCUCUGUGCGCAGACCCACAGGUGUGGAAACUAAGGCAAGAAUAGGAGUCUGCCCUCCCAGAGCCCUACACUAGGAUGGAGAAACAGAAGGGACCUAAGAAUCCUCCAGUCUCAGUCUUUCAGUGUGCAACAGAGGAUACUGGUGCCAGGCAAAGAGGGGGGAAACUGCCCAAGCCUCAGAGUGAGUUUUUUGUGGAGCUGGAAUAAAAACAAGGGGUCCUAACUCCCACCCCAGGGCCCAUUCAUUACUACACAAAGACACACGUGGAAAGAGGGCUUGGCAGACCCUCUCUCUCUCCAGGAUGCAACUGUCCUGCUCUAAGCAAGGAUUUCUAGCCAGAUGCCAAGAACCCCACCACCCCUUGGGUUGGCUGGGGUUGGCUGCUGAGCCAAGCCUCCAAAAUCAUGUUCUUUUUAAUGGCCUAGAAACUGCCUGUCCUCUGGGGAAAUGGAGCUCAAGGCCAGCCAGCUGGGCCUGGGACUUCUGCCUCUGCUGAUUCCAAAGAAUUUCCCAAGAGAAGCAUUCUGGCCAGGUGGAUUUACCAGCAGCUCCGGAGUAAGGGGAGUAGGAGCUUCCCCCAGGGUAGACUGCAGCUUGCACAAUGGAUUCUAGGCUGUGGCAAGGCCUGAUUGUGGGGAAGGGUUGGGGGGGAUCUAUUUUUUGUGAAACAGAGGAAAGACUUUAUUGUUGUUAUUUUUGGUAAAAUAAAAGAGGUGAACUAAAGCAGUCACUGGUGAGAAGCUGUGGUCUGGGUGCCACAUGGCUUUUGGCAGACUGUGAAAGGAGCCAGGCCAGAAUGCAGCUGGGAGGGAUUUUGUCUUGAGAUCCUGGGCCAUGUGGAGGGCUGGCUGGCGUGAUCAUGUCUGGCCCUGCCCCAAAUCCACAGGGUGGGGACACCAAGGUUCUCCCAGGGUUCUGAGAAUUCUAAACCAUGCUGGCCUAGGAAACCCUGGAGAAGGGAGGGCUGCUCCUUGUCUUCCAGGAACUCAGUCUGAUGGAGAAUCUUUUUGUUCUAGUUCAGGUCACCUAGCACUGGCCACAGUCACUCUACCCCCUUCAUGGAGCUAGUUUUGGGGAACAAUGAAUAAAGGGGCAGAGUGGAAAUACAAUCCCAGCCCUAAUUACAGGUGAGAAAGCCAUUUUUGGAGGAGCUCAAAGCGUGAGAGGUAGGACACAGGGCUCAUGUCCAAGCUUACUUUCUAGGACACAUCAAAGACUGCUGGCUCAAUCCACAAGCUUCCCAGACAGGAAUUGAAAAGCAGUUUGGUCCUUAAGUGUCAGCAAAGGCCCCCCCUAAAGUUUCCCCUCUAUCUGCAAAAGAUCUAGCUUGGCUUUGUGCAAGGGUUCUCCUGAGAGCCCAAGGAGUGGGUGCCAGUCCCAGCCCAGCCCCAAAGAUUCCAUGGAAAGUCCCUUCAACCUGUAGACCUUGAUUUCCCAUCUCUUUCAUAACCAGAAGUGGGACUGAUUGAUCUCUCCUUCACUACUUGGAACCUGUAAGUUGUUCAUAAUAACAGUAAUGGCUAAUGCUAUGUAUCA